AAAAAGUGUGUAGAAAUCCUUAAAAAUAGAGAAAUAGUGAAAAAACGUAGGAACUGUACGGGAGGGAAGACUGUCCAAGCCCGCCACAACACAGCGUCCCGGAGGCGUGAAGGGGAAGGCGGCGCUAUGUACAACGGCAUAGGGCUGCAGACGGCCCGAGGCUCCGGCACCAAUGGGUACGUCCAGCGGAACUUGGCCCUCGUCCGCACCAGCAAGUCCAAGAUCGACUUCAGGACAGAGGAGGAGCUGCAGAAGGCGGCCGACAGUGCGGUGCGCGGGCCCAACGCCGAAAUUAGAGAGCAUGCCAAAAAGCGCGCCCUAGAGCUGAAGUGUGCCGAGAUGCAGGACUUGAUGAAGGAGCAGGGGUGA